AUACUAUACUUAUAUAAUUCUUUCUCCGGCGCCGGUCGAGCUGGCUGCUGGUCACAACAGCUCCUGUCCUCUUACUUCUAUUUAUUACUUUCUUCACUUAUUUAAGUUUACCUUUCUAGUGUGUUGUUAGUAACAUUAGUGUACACAACCUGUACACAGCUUUUUUAUAGUUUUUCUAAGUUUGGCGCAGUACAAACGCUGUUUUUAAAGCUACGAUGUGCGUCGGGGUCAGAGCGCGCAUUGUUUACACCGCGGAGCAGCUGAUCGCGCUGCGCAGCGCCGUAGUUCUGCCCAGAGACAGACACGAGAUCACCGCUGAGGUGCUGGUGAAGUCCCGACGUGGGCGCCGCGCUGGAAAACUACGACGGGAGAAAACGAGACGCUUCAGGCCCGCUGUCCCCUCCGUUAUCAUGGGGAACGUGAGAUCUCUCGCCAACAAGAUCGACGAGCUCGCGGCGCUCACACGGUACCAGCGGGAGUACAGAACGAGCAGCGUCCUGCUGUUCACGGAGACCUGGCUGACGUCACUCAUCUCGGACUCAACUGUCGCACUGGACAAGUUUCAUCUGCUACGUGCGGACAGAACGGAGAACAGCGGUAAGAGGAAGGGAGGGGGUCUGGCUGUGUUUGUGAACAUCAGGUGGUGUAUGCCACGACAUUGCACUGUCAAAAUGAAGCUGUGUAACAGAGACAUUGAGCUGUUGGCGGUGGGCAUGAGGCCAUUCUACCUGCCAAGGGAGUUCACACACGUUAUAAUAAUUGCUGUGUACGUCCCACCCUCCGCUAACGCUGACACAGCUUCUGAGACCCUGCUCUCAGUCACCAGCAGGCUGCAAACACAGCACCCACAGGCCCUCUUCCUGAUCUCUGGGGACUUUAACCAUGCACCUCCUUCAGCUGCUCUGCCUACAUACACCCAGUAUGUGACCUGCCCCACCAGAGACAAUAAAACACUGGACUUAUUCUAUGCCAACACCAAAGAGGCCUACGCUGCAUCCUCCCUCCCACCGCUGGGCAGAGCUGACCACAACAUCCUGCAUCUCCUGCCUGUGUAUAAACCUGUUGUACACAGGCAGCCGGUGGUGCCCCGCACAGUGAAGAGGUGGACAGCUGAGAGCGAGGAGGCUCUCAGGGACUGUUUUAACACCACUGUGUGGACGGAGCUCUGCGACCCACAUGGGGAGGACAUUAACGCAAUAACAGACUGUGUAACGGACUACAUAAACUUCUGCUGUGAAAACACUGUUCCCACCAGGCGGGUUCUGUGUUUCACCAACAGCAAACCAUGGGUCACCCCUGAUAUUAAAGCUCUGCUAAAGGAGAAGAAGAGAGCAUUUAAAUCAGGGGACAGGGAGGAGCUGAGGAGGGCGCAGAAGGAGCUGAGGAGGAAAAUCCGUGAGGGGAAGUCCAGCUACAGGAGGAAGAUGGAGGAGCAGCUGCAGCAGAACAAUGUCAGUGAGGUGUGGAGGAGCCUGAAAACCAUCUCAGGCUUCAAAGCUCCACACCCACAGGCUGAGGGGGACCUGAGCUGGGUCAACGAGCUGAACUCACACUUUAAUAGGUUUGACCAAGCACCCACUCACACCUCCCAGCAGCUGCCUCCGAACCUCUUGUCACCUCAUACCACUGGAUUACCAGCCCCCACAGCCCUUCACACCUUUACACAAAGCCCUCUACCCUCAGCCCUGACGACUGGUGACUCAUCCCAACCACACCCCCUCACUUCACACCACACUAAGACACUCCCUCCACCCCUAUCCUUCUCCAGCACCCAGGUGAGAAGUGAGCUCAGGAAGAUCAAGGCCAGGAAAGCAGCUGGACCAGACGGCAUCAGCUCCAGACUCCUUAAGUCCUGUGCAGGCGAACUGUGUGGAGUUAUGGAGCAUGUCUUCAACCUGAGCCUCAAGCUGAGGGUGGUACCACAGCUCUGGAAGACCUCCUGCGUGGUACCAGUGCCCAAGACACCGCACGCCAAAGACCCCAGCAGCUUCAGACCAGUGGCUCUGACAUCACACCUGAUGAAGACACUGGAGAGACUGGUCCUGGGUAACCUCCGCUCUGCAGUGGGAACCUACCUGGACCCGCUGCAGUUCGCCUACCGACACGGCAUAGGAGUAGACGACGCUGUCAUCUUCCUCCUACAUCGAGCCCUUUCCCACCUAGAGAAGCCCGGCAGCACUGUGAGGAUCAUGUUCUUUGACUUCUCCAGGGCCUUCAACACCAUCCAGCCGAUGCUUCUGAAACACAAACUGGAGGAGGCUGGUGUGGACCUUCAUCUGACGGAGUGGAUUAUGGACUAUCUCACAAACAGGCCUCAGUUUGUGAGAGCCAGGGACUGUGUGUCUGACACUCUGACCUGCAGUGUGGGGGCCCCACAGGGGACUGUACUGGCCCCCUUCCUUUUCACCCUCUACACGUCAGACUUCAGACACAACACGGACAGCUGUGUUCUGCAGAAGUUCUCUGAUGACUCUGCGAUCGUCGGACUGAUCACCGAUGAUGACGAUGCAGAGUACAGAGGACUCACUCAGAACUUUGUGGACUGGUGCCAGCGGAACCACCUCCUGAUCAAUGUAGGGAAAACGAAGGAGAUGGUGGUGGAUUUCCGCAGACAGCAGCCUGCUCUCAUCCCACCGAUGCACAUCCAGGGAAGGGACAUUGAGAGAGUGGACUCUUACAAGUACCUGGGAGUGCAUCUGAACAAUAAACUGGACUGGACUCAUAACACGGAUGCACUGUACAGGAAGGGUCAGAGCAGACUCUACCUGCUGAGGAGACUGCGGUCUUUUGGAGUGAAGGGGCCACUCCUGAAGACCUUCUAUGACUCUGUGGUGGCAUCAGCCAUCCUGUACGGUGUGGUCUGCUGGGGCAGCAGCAUCACAGCGAGGGACAGGAAGAGACUGGACAGGAUCAUCAGAAAGUCCAGCUCUGUCCUGGGCUGCACUCUGGACACGGUGCAGGAGGUAGGUGAGAGAAGGGUCCUGGCUAAACUGACAUCCAUCAUGGACCAGGUCUCUCACCCACUGGAGGACUCACUGUCUGCUCUGGAGAGCAGCUUCAGUAGCAGACUGAUCCACCCUCGCUGUGUGAAGGAGAGAUAUCGUAGAUCCUUCCUACCUGCUGCUGUCAGACUGUACAAUCAGAACUGUUGACCACAUCCCACCACAGUCACUCACCCACUGCAUCAGUGGUUUAUAUAGCAACCUGCUCUGCACAAUAUUUGUGUAAAUCUGUGAACAAUCAUGUAUAUUGUUACCGGUACAAAUCUUAUACCCAUUACUGUGCAAUAACCCUGCAAUGACCUCAUACUCACUCUAACUGUACUGUACUGCUUUGUACUGUGCCAACACAAACUGUUCUGUACCUGUAUUCUUGCUCAUCUGUACUGCUGUUGUGAGAGGUAAUUUCCCCACUGCGGGACUAUUAAAGGUUUUCUUAUUUCUUAUUUCUUAUUUCUUAAUAUGCAAUACCCUUACCAUUACUCCAUACUCACUCUACCCACCUGCAUAUUGUUGUACUGCAUUGUACUGUCUUAAUUCUUGUUGCUGUAUUUUAUUUUCCUUCUCUGUAUAAUGCUGUUGUGUGACGCAGUUUCUCGGCCUAUUAAAGCUUUUCUUAUUCUUAUUGUUAAAGGAGACUGAUCAUACUUUUCAUUCUAAAAAAUAUUAGACUUUAAUGUCUCAGUAAGGUCUCUGUAAAUUUUCAUCCCAUAAAACCCUUUAGAUCGUCCACACUGCCCCUGUCAAUAUGUGGUUCUUACUCCAACAGCAAAGGCUGUGUUUUCUAGGCAUGUCGCAAGCGAAGCUGCUCACCACACCUCUGUGCGGAAGCGCAUACCUUUUUUUUUUUUUUUUUUUUUUAAUUGGCUUCAUGGAUACGAGCCACCGCACGGUUAGGAUACUAUAGGUGGCAGUAGUGCGACAUUGAGAAUGCAAUCCAACGCAUCCUCCACAGAAGAAGAAGACCCACUACAGGCCUGCACGACAAUAGCCAGCCAGCUGAUCCGGUAGCGUAGUAGAACCAUACGUCUACGAUACCGAAUCUGACCCUGAAGCUGAAGAGGAGGCUGUUAAAGUCGCCACAUUUCGGCUGAUGCAAGAUGUGUCUCAUUGUUGUUACAGGUAUCUAGUCUACAGAUGCUAGUGAGCUGGUGCUGAGGAUUCCUGGGGUGAAGAAUCUGAGUUGCCAUCUCUUCAUGCUUGGGUUGUAGAUGAAGGCAGAGUUUCCUGAUGGAUAAAAACACUAAAACAGUCAUUGUAUGAUGGAUGUAGACCACCUGUGGAAUAACUCCUUUACCAUUUGGGUAAAAAUGUGUUUUUUGUGAGUGCAAUACUCAUUAAGAAUUUUUUUUUAAAUUUAUAUAUAAUUUAUAUGCUUUUUAUUUAUAGCCGCUUUAACCUUAUAGCUUACCAUAU